AUGGGGUCCGAUGCCGCUCCACCGACGCCGUCAGGGGACAAGGCUCCCCAAGAGGUCGUCAAUGACCCGGCGCGCACCGGCUUCGACCCUCAGAUGAAGUGGUGGAUGAACUACUUUCGGAUCCUGAGCGGCCAGAUGACCCGAGAAGGCCAGUUCCACUACCGCGAAUGGCGCUACAAGGUCCACGAGGAGCGCGACUGCAAACGCUGCGACGAGUACCGCGACUGGCUCUUCACCUACUCGCCUGUCGUGCGCUUCCUGUCGGGCAAGCUUCGCGAUCUCAACGGGAACCUCGACGCCACAAACGUCCUGUGUCGGCGCUGUCCUGCCCGGCUCGAGGACGACGGGCAGAUCCGGCGCCAGUCGGGUGGCUUCAGCCCCAACCACGGCAUCCUCAUCUGCGCAAACGAGAUGCGCGACCGCAAACACUUGGAGGACACGCUGGCGCACGAAAUGGUCCAUGCCUGGGAUCACCUGCGGUGGAAGGUCGACUGGGCCGGCGACAAGGACUUGAAGCACGCCGCGUGCACCGAGAUUCGCGCAUCCGCGCUGAGCGGCGAGUGUCGCUGGACGAGGGAGGCAUUCACCAGAGGCAACUGGUCCGUCACACAGCACUUCCAAAGCUGCGUGCGCCGCAGGGCUAUCAGCUCCGUCAUGGCGCGCCCGCGGUGCAAGGACGAAGCCCAGGCAGCAAAAGUCGUCGACCAAGUCUGGGACUCGUGCUUCUCCGACACGCGACCAUUCGAUGAAGUGUAUAGAUGA